CCUGAGGGCAGGGCGCAUGCGCGGAGGCGCUGUUGGGGCGUUGCUAUGGGAACGGGACGAAGCCCGGAGGAGGAGGAGGAGGAUGAAGCUGAGGCGGCUGCUGCUGCGCUACUACCCGCCGGGAAUUAUUCUGGAAUAUGUACAAGGUGGUGAGCCAAAGACCAGAUCUAUAGAUCUACUUGAUCUUAGACCUGACACAGAUGCCAUAGCCUUAGUAGAAGAAAUUGGAAAAGGAGAACCUCUCAUCACAGCUUCAUGUAAGGAACACAUCAUACAUUUAGUACGAAGAUUGCAAGAGAAGCUAGAGGAAAAAGAGGAUCACAAAUUCUAUCUUUUUAAGGUACUUAGAGCACAUAUAUUGCCACUGACUAAUGUAGCAUUUAACAAAUCGGGUUCCCGCUUUAUCACUGGAAGCUAUGACAGAACCUGCAAAGUAUGGGAUACUGCAUCAGGAGAAGAGCUACGUACGCUGGAGGGACACGGAAACGUUGUCUAUGCAAUAGCUUUCAAUAAUCCCUAUGGUGACAAGAUUGCCACUGGAUCUUUUGAUAAAACCUGCAAACUGUGGAGUACAGAAACAGGAAAAUGUUAUCAUACUUUCAGAGGACAUAGUGCAGAAAUAGUAUGUUUAUCAUUUAAUCUUCAGAGCACAUUGGUGGCAACUGGAAGCAUGGAUACCACUGCCAAAUUAUGGGAUAUAGAGAAAGGCGAAGAAGUAGUCACUCUAAGUGGGCACUCAGCAGAAAUUAUUGCAUUGUCUUUCAACACCACCGGAGACAGGAUUAUCACUGGCUCCUUUGACCAUACAGUAGCAGUGUGGGAUGUUGGCACUGGCAGGAUGUUACAUACCUUAAUAGAUCACCGAGGAGAGAUUAGCAGUGCACAGUUCAACUGGGACUGUUCUCUCAUUGUCACUGGAUCAAUGGACAAAACAUGCAUGCUGUGGAAUGCUAUGACUGGGACACAUAUAGCAACGUUAACAGGUCACAGUGAUGAAAUACUGGAUGUCUGCUUUGAUUAUGCUGGCCAACGUAUUGCAACUGCCUCUGCUGACGGAUCAGCAAGAGUCUAUAAUGCAGAAACAAAAGAGUGCAUUGCAAAGCUAGAAGGGCAUGGAGGUGAAAUUUCAAAGGUAUGUUUCAACCCUAAAGGCAAUCGUAUACUAACAGCCAGUUCUGAUAAAACAGCUCGACUCUGGGAUGCUGCUACUGGACACUGCCUUCAGAUAUUAGAGGGUCAUACUGAUGAGAUAUUCUCCUGUGCUUUCAAUUACAAGGGUGAUACAAUCAUUACAGGGAGCAAGGAUAACACCUGUAGAAUAUGGCACUGACUGAAGAGAAGGAACGAUCCAGUUUGGGAUAUGCCUACUUUGUGAGUUUCACAGUCAAUAAACUCAGUCUUUCAGAUCUGAUUUAUUUUACCCUCUGUUCGCCUUCAGUUUUGUUGAAGUAGAAAAGUUACCUAGAUUUUGAUAGCUUUGACUUUGCUGAUGUCUGGUAGAUGUGGAAUCACAGAACAGUAGAAGUUGGAAGGGACCUCUGGAGAUCGUCUAGUACGACGCCCCUGCUAAAGCACUGUCAACCAAGCAGGCUGCCCACGACUGACAUGGUUUUGAAUAUCUCCAAGGACGGAGACUCCACAGUUUCUUUGGGCAACCUGCUUAGUGUCUGAUCACUCUCACAGUAAAAAGAGUUGGGAUUUUUUUUCCUUAUGUUUUAACGGAAUGUUUUCUUGUAUUUCAAUCUGUGCAUGUUGCCUCUUUACUGGUACCACCAAGAAGAUCUGGCUCUGUUAUCCCAGUCACCUGAGAGGAAUCAUCAUUAGCGUGAAUGAAUUCAGUAGAAUGACUCUAUUUCUUUGCAUGUAAUUUUUAACCUGUAACCCUUUUAAUAAAAAAAAUACAGCAUUAUAAUACCCUCAGGUGUGAAAGGGGUGGUGUUAUGCACUUGCUCUGAGUACUUUUGUAUUUUUUUGUUGUGUAAUAAAGUAUUGAAUUAAAACGCCAGUUUUGCUACUUGUAAUACACGGUCCCACUUGUAAGGAUGAUGACAGAAACUGAGAAGUGGAUGAGGAGCUCCCGCAAGUUCUUUACCACUGUACAAAGAGCUCUGGCCCAGCCUCAUCUCUCACCAGCAAUUGCCAACAGGUUUCACCUGUGCAGAGCUCUCCCCACUGCCUAGCAGAGCACCUGGAAGCACAGUUGCUCUUUGUAGGGGCGCAGUGAAGGAGCAGAGCUGACUGGUCUCUUCUGGCUGCCUUGGAAGAAGGAUGGAGAGGCAAAGAGGGUAGGAUUGAACACAGUGUGCGUGUGUUGACUGAAAGAAAAAAGGAAGAGUGCAGCAGAGAAUGAACUUGAAGGUAUUUUGUUUAUAUAAUACAUCUCUAGGUGGUUAUGGACUUGACUUCUAAAUGUUGUUAAAUUGAAUAGGAAGUUACUAAUGCGGAUGCAUUCUGAGUGAGGGCUUGCCUGCAUCCUUGUGUGUAAACGAAGAAACAAAAGUGCCUGUCGUCACUUGGCAAAUAUCCUGGUUGUUUCAAGCAGUGUCGUGUUGUGGGAGCAGUGUGCUGCAGAUCAUUUAAAAUUAAACCUUUACCAGUAGGCAAAGUGGCUGAUAUUAAUGUUACUGUAAUGCUUGUGGUGUUUCCUGUUGUCUUGUGCAAAGGCUUAGGAUAUUGAAAGUGUGUCUCAGUAAUUCGGAAUUAAAAGGGGCAGGAAGGGCAGUGUGGUUCUGUGUUACUUUAGAAUUGCCCAGUGUCUCUAGAUCGCUUCGCACCUGUGCUUAUAGGUGUGACAUGGGGGAUUUCCAGCUGACAAAAUCGGAGGAAAAUUAAUAUAAUGAAAUGUGUACAAAUACUGUUACGUUGUUAAAAACUGAAAUUUGACUUGCUGUGUAACCAUCAGAAAGUGAAAAAAAAUCUUUGGACUGUGAUUAGGAAGUAUUUUUUUUUUCUGAAUCUUUCAGGAUGAGUUAUUUUCUGUUGCCUUUUCCUUUAUGAUUUUUCUCUUAUACCAUGCUAGUGACUCAGUGAAUCGAACAUCUGUAGUAGCUUUUGGCUUUGAGCUAUUGUCCUAUUUUUAUGUGAAAUUGUGAGCGAGUCAAGGUUUUGUAGACCAAGCGUUGGACUGGGAGGCCAUCUGGGCUCUAUUUCUGACUCUCCCUAGAUUCACUGAGUGAGUAGAAUUGUUUUUCGGGCUAAGUUAUCCAGGUUUCCUGCUCAAAUGUGAAAUACAUUCACAUCUGGUGCGAUUCACAGUGCUGAUGAAAAUUGUGUUGACUUGGCGCCUCGUGAGAACUUCAAUAGUACCCUAGGUACCAUCAUAUGAAUGCUUUGAUGUUAGGUGCUCUGCGCCUUGGUUUACCCGUAGGUAGAUUUAAUAAGUUGUAAAGAUGUACGUUAAAAGUGCAUUGUAUAGAUGUAUCAUCCUAAAAUAUGUCUCUGGUAGCAGCUUGAUCCCUUUCUCUUAAUUCCACUUCAGUCCCUGAAACCGAAAUAGCGUAUGUAUGUGCUCUAACUCUAUUGUCUGGUGCCUUUUUAAUCUUAUAAAAACAUUUGGCUUCUGCAUACCUUACGCUCUCUGAGCUGCUGCUUUAAUCACUGGGUGGUUGGAGUGGGAUGUGGCUUUCAAUAUCCUGAAAUGCCGGCAAACUUGGUUUGCUGUCACCUUAUUGAAAAGGGUUCCCUCCGGAGACUCCUGAAGUGUGCUUCAGUGAGGCCUGUCACAGUGGAAAUCGUAUUUGCUGUGUUGUUUCUGGCCUUUAGACCUCUGCAUCCUUCCAGUAUGUAUCUCUGGGAAUAGACGAGUUUGUUUUUCUGGGAAAGCAGCCUGUAGCUUGGACCGUGUAGCUUCCUCAGGACAGAACAGGUUUUUGCAAGACACAGACAAGGAUCUCCGUGAAAGCAUGUGGUGUAUACUUGGACUCUUGAUGCAUGCUUUUGGUAUCUCUUAAGAUUCAAAUUAUUUUCUGAACAGAUGAUAAUAAUACUCAUAUCCACUCAUGUUUUAAAAGUGGCAUUUUGUGAGAAUUUCUUUUUUGGCUCCUUCCAUGCGAUCACUUGCAUUUGCUGGGUAGUUCGUGAAAGGAUAUGAACUAUAUCCUGCUUGGUUAUAUUUUUGCAGUUUGCUGCACUUCACUGUCUAAUUUUCGGCCGAAGCUGUGAGGAAGGCACAUUAUCCACCAGCCAGACCUGUCUUCAUUGCAAAUUGUUUUAAUUAGCUUGAUGGUCCAGCUGUCUAAUUUAACUAACUAUCCUGCUAAAUGCUGUACAGCUGCAAGUUGCUUUCUGAGGGCCUGUUCCUCGUGAUGACUGGCUUUAGAGUGGGUUUGAAAAAUUGAAUAGUGGCAUUGUGAGUCUGCUCAUACUUAGCAAAGGCUUAGGAACGGCUCUGGCUUGAAGUAAAAUUCUUAAAUUGGCUGGUGCGGGUGUGCUUUCCUUCUCAGCUGGAAUUUGUUUUACUUAGUAAGUAGCUCAGGUGGGCUCUUUAUUUCAAUGGAGUGGUGAUUUUUUUUCCCCUGACAUUUUGAAAGUCAGAGUGCAGGGUUCAUGGUGACGUUCUUAUGCUCGUCUGUCAUGCAGCUCUGCAUGAACCUGGACAAGAGAAACAAUAAAAUCGGCCUCUCCAGAAAAGUUACCUGCUGAAUUUGAUAGGAUAACUGUAAACAGGUGACCAUUUUUAUCAUAAACCACUAUAAAAUGGUUAAUUUACUUGAAGAUACUGUGACAAUCUUCAGUGUUAUGACAAAAUUGAGGAAGACUAUAGUUUUUCAGCUUCUAAUGAUCCCAACAUUAAAAGAACCCCCAACAAAACCAAACUGAAAAUGAAGGUUUUAAAUACUUAUUUUUCAGUCGGUAGUUCUCUAGUGUUUGAAUCAACAUAUCUACAGGCCAAAUUCUGCUCUCCGUUAGGUGGGUGGUGGAGUCAACGCCAGGGCGGGAGGCACCUUUCCCUGGAGCCUUUCUGCAGUGACAGGGUGAGGGGCAGCCCUGGCCGGGAGCGGCACCGCAGCAGGGGCUGCGGCAAGGGGCUGCUGCUGCCAUGGGUGGCCUCUGGUGGCCAGGGCAUCUCCUGAGGCUCAGAGGGCUUCUCUUGUUUGGUAAAUUGUGGUGCAUCUCUCUCAAGUAUGUAUCCAGCUCCCACUUGAACCUAUGUAUGAGUUCUGCAUCCUCUCAUUUGGUGACGCGUCGCCUCUUUCUGUUUGCUUUUAAUCUGGCUUGUAUGAGUUUUGUUUGUUGGGUCUUAGUUUGUAUUGGGAAAGACAGUGAGCAGCCACCCGCUCUGGGCCCUCGUGAUAUUAACUACCUGCAUCUCACGUACAUAGAAAGGCUGAACUGCGUGUACUUUACUCUGAGAUUUUACAAAGUUCUCAUUUAUGUGUCAUUAAAGUUGACUUUAUUUUUUUUCAGCCUUUUUUAAUGGUGGACAAGUCCAGUUCUGAUUUGCUCAGCUAAGUGUUGGUUUCCUUUUCUGUUUAGCAGUAGAAAUACCUUUUACACCUGGGGAAUAGGGCAGUAAAUAUCUGUGCAAACUUAAGCAAGCAGAAGGAAGUCCUGAACUUGUGUCUCCCCACCUCCUGCAGGUACCUAAAGUGUCCAGAGCGAGCCCUAAAUAGAGAUUUGGCGUUUAUCUGGAGUUAUUCUGGGGUUAAUUCUCAGAAUGAAUGUGUAAUUUCUCUUUAUUUUACUGUGCUACUAAGAAUGUUAUGAUUAGCCUUGCAUCACUGGAAUGAAUUGUGGAACCCGAGUAAAGCCGGAGCUUUGGUCCUGAGGUAGGACCUGGAGCUUGCUCUGACUUGUUUUGGUCAGGCCCACGGGGCAGGCUUUUCAUUUGGAAGCAGAGCUUUGAGAAGCUACAGGGAUGGCAGGCAAAUAUUCUUUAAUAGGUCAGAAAAAACCACAGCACAUUCAUGAACUUCUUAAGAAGGCAAAGAGGACACACAUCAUAACAUAAAUUUAUUUCUGAAUAAAUUGCAACAUUAAGAACUACUGUACAGAGAAACUGCAUCACACUGUUACAACUCUGUCAUGAUAUUUGUGCUUUGUAGGAUAAGUAAACAUUUAUUCUAUCACAGCAAAAAAUUGUAUACUGACAACUAACUGUACUUGGUUUAAAAAUAAAUACACUUUCCGGUUUAUUAACUCAAACAAAGCACUUUGAGUCUAUAACACUUGGUGCUUUUUAUUAACUUUCAGCCUCAGAAACGCUGAGCAUUCGGAGUUGCCGCUCGUGUGGGUGGGAGUUACGGGUGUUCAGCAAUUCUUAGGAGCGGGCUGCGGCACCACACAGUUACCUUCAGUGGACGCAAUAAAGUGACCUUGACCUUGACAGCAAAGCGACCUUUGCUGUUUUGCUCACACUGCAGAGUAGAUCUAGAAUUCCUCAUGUUGUUUAAUGUUCCACGUUUGAUUUCGAUUCACUAACAGUAUGUAUUUUGUAACAAAUGAGUGAUGCAAUCAUGCAAGUUCAGGAAUGGUUUUAAAGAUAAAAUUGAGAAUAUGGCUCUUUUUCAUAAAUUAUUUAAAACUACUUCAAAAUUUUCAAAAAUAUUUAGUGCAAAAGGAUAGUUUUUUUUUUUUCCC